UAUACGACCAGUCAUGCGGCGGGAAGUAAGUGCUCAUUUGCAUCCGCUCGCGCCUAGGUAAAAAGUUUUCAUCCAACAAUGUACGGAGGACUCGGGGGUGACGGGUGUCAGCCGCAGAAAACAGCAAUGACACCUGCUCGGUCAUUUGACGGUGCCGACAGCGAGAGCCCCAAAGAGCAGGCACCGAAACUCUGCGGUUUUCUUAAUAAGCUGGCCGGGAAGGGGCCGCUGCGGGGCUUCAAGACGCGCUGGUUCGUUUACGACCCCCGAAAGUGCUAUCUUUACUAUUUCAAGACUCCCCAAGACGCGCUGCCCCUGGGUCACAUUGAAAUCGCCGAUGCUUACUUCAAUUAUGAAGUGGAAGCUGAUGAGGGGCAGUUUGAGAUUCACACUGCAGGCAAGGACUUCGUGCUGAAGGCUUCAAACAGGCAGGCUAUGACAUAUUGGCUCCAGCAACUCCAGCAAAAGAGAUGGGAAUUUUGUAACUCUAGAGGUACUAGCUGCAGGGACAGCUGGGCAUCCCCAACACUCCCAGAUUUUCCGAAAGGCCUGGUCGCCAAAGAUACAGAUGCUUUUAUUUUUGAAAAGCCCAGUGAAUCUACAGAAAGUGUCCGCAAUGAGUUUGCUGUUGAAUUUGCCUCAGAAGGUCUCGUUGGCAUCUGUUCAUCCAGAAACACAUCAGUACAACCCCCUACAAUCAACUUCUCAUUGAAACAUUUGGGCACCGAAAUAAGGAAUUCCAUGACUCAUCGAAGGCAAGGGAAAGGGAACAGUGAGAACAGAAGGAGUGUUUUUUAUACAGCCAAUGAGGAAUGGGAAAUGAUCGAUGCCCCUACAAAAGAGCUACAGGAGCAACUUGUUGCACAUGAAUUGACAAAGAAACCUCACCCUGACACUCACAGAUUUUCUUCUGGUUCAGCAUUCACAUUUGAUUUUGGGCGAUAUUCAAGGGUGAAGCGACCAUUUCUUCGGGAUAUGGUAGGACAAAAUAAAAAUCGCCAUAGCUGUGAGUCUUCAUCAGCUGAGUGGGUUUCAAGCAAUGGUGGCAAACCAUCAGAAGCUCAGCACAAACUCCAGAGCCAGCAGGAGGAGAUAAAAAAGCUGAAGGAGGAGCUUGUUAAUCAAAAGGAACUUAUACGACUGCUUCAGCAGACUUUAAAGAGCUCUCAGUAUGAAGUGCGCAACUUUAGUGCAAACACAGAGAGCAGCAAUGCCAGUGCAGAGUUGUUACAAGAAAGAAGCAUGCAAAUCCAGGCGCUGAGUGCUCAUAUGGAGAAGCUUGGUAAGGAGAAAGAAAACCUGCUACAUGAAGUAAAGUCACUGAAGAACAAAGUAGGAGAUCUUAAUGACCAGUUGGGCAUGCUGAUGGAGACAAUCCAAGCUAAGGAUGAGGUGAUUAUGAAGUUGUCCCAGCAGAGUUGCAGCCACUGUGAUGAUAACUCUUAUGCCCAGCGAGUGCAAAGUGACUUGAUUGGGAACAAAGACUUGCAAGAGCUGGACAAACUAAAGGAUAGUUUGCAAGGCUACAAAUCACAAAAUACAUUUCUGAACAAAGAGAUUCUGGAAUUAACAGUCCUUCGGAGAAAUGCAGAAAUGCGUGGAAAGACAUUAGAAGAAAAGUAUGCGGCACUUGAAGCAAAGCUGUGCCAGGUUGAGAGCAAGUACCUGGUCCUGUUGCAGGAAGUGAACAACCCUGUGUGUUCAGGAGAACAGGGGCCCACACGUGAGGUCAUCUCAAGGCUACUAGAAGAUGCCCUUCAAGUUGAAACACCAGAACAACCUGAACACACCAUCCAUAAACCACAUCCUGUCAGUGAAUAUGAUAUUUAUGGCUUUAAGACUGUUCCAGAAGACGAUGAGGAGGAGAAGCUAAUAGCAAAAGUAAGGGCUCUGGAGCUCAAGUCCUUGUCACUUACAGACCAGGAAGCCUCAAUACGAGUUAAAUGGGAUAACUAUUUAGCCAGCACAAUGAACCGUGAGAUGCUACGCUCACCAGAGCUCAAAAACCUAAUUCGCAACGGCAUUCCACAUGACCAUCGCUCCAAAGUAUGGAAAUGGUGCAUUUCGUUCCAUGUAAAGAAAUUCCGAGACACCGUUCCUGUAGACUAUUUCAACCUUUUGCUGGAAAAUGCACGUAAGAAACAGAAUCCUGCUUCAAAACAGAUCGAACUGGACCUUUUACGGACAUUACCAAACAAUAAACACUAUGCAUCUCCAACUUCUGAAGGUAUUCAGAAGCUAAGAAAUGUGCUUUUGGCAUUUUCAUGGAGAAACCCCGACAUCGGUUACUGUCAAGGCCUGAACAGGUUAGCUGCCAUUGCACUUCUCUACCUGGAGCAAGAGGAGGCAUUCUGGUGUCUGGUUGCUAUUGUGGAGGUCUUUAUGCCACGUGACUAUUAUACCAAGACACUGUUGGGGUCACAGGUUGACCAGCGAGUUUUUAAGGAUCUUUUAGGGGAGAAACUUCCCCGCUUGCAUGCUCAUUUCGAGACUUACAGAGUGGACUUCUCCCUCAUCACCUUCAACUGGUUUCUCGUAGUAUUUGUGGACAGUGUUGUCAGUGACAUUCUCUUCAAGAUCUGGGACUCCUUCCUUUACGAGGGACCAAAGAUCAUCUUUCGGUUUGCCUUGGCACUCUUCAAAUAUAAGGAGGAAGACAUCCUGAAGCUGCAAGAUUCAAUGGCCAUUUUCAAGUAUUUGCGUUAUUUCACAUGCACCAUCUUGGAUGCCAGAAAACUGAACACAAUCGCUUUUGUGGACAUGAAUCCCUUCCCUUUGCGACAAAUUCAGAACCGCAGAAGCUUUCAUCUGGAGAAGGUGCGCCUUGAGUUGACGGAGCUAGAGGCUAUUCGACAAAAAUUCUUACAGGAGCGUGACACUUGCCAAGAUGAACGAGACCUAUUAACUGAUGAUGAAGAGGACAAUUGAGGCAGACAGAAAUUUUCCUGAGUGAAAACUCUACACUUAUUUUGGGACAUUUGGCAUCUGCUUCUAGACAGAUAGAUAGAUAGAUAGAUAGAUAGAUAGAUAGAUACUUUAUUAAUCCCAAUGAUGCCAGCUUAUGCGGUUUAUUUUUAAUUUUUUUUCUUCUUGGUGGACUCAUGCUUGCUGCCUGUUCAGGGACAACUCUACUGUACAUACUCUCAUCAUCCAACCUAUUAGUUUAAGCUGCCUGCUUGACAUCAGCCAUCAUCCUUGUACAUGUAUAUACCACAAACCAAUUGAGUAAUAUAAACAACUGACACAUAAUGUAAGGGCAGAUGUGUGCAAAGACACACUGUACAUAAGGGCAUGUGCAUCUGGACACAAAGAGGCAACCACAAUCUGUACUAUGGUGAUGGCAUCAUGCAUGCAUAGAUAUAUAGGGCAUAUGCACAGCAUGCCCGUCAUGCAUAUGGGUCAGCUUAACUGCAGAAGGCUGAAUGGCUGCCACACAUCACAGAUUUUAGGUUAAUGUUUACAACCAUGCUGGUGUUUUGCUUGCUCUUUCUUUUUUAUGUCUUGGUGCCAAUAUUGUUCUUUUUUUCCAGGCCAUUAUUUUCUGUAACAGAAGCAUGUCAGGAACAUGUUUCCUAUGCACUUUGCUUUUCAUUUUUCUUGUAUGACAUUUUUUUAAUUGAGAAGUGUCUGCACACAUUCUGCAGGCCUAAUGAACUACUUUGGCUGCUGCCAAGUGUUGCAAGACUGUGAAGAGGCAUGCACCAACUGUCGCUGUUUGUACACAUUCCAUUGGGAAGAAGCUGUAUGCCUCCAGCUCAGCCGUGAUGCUUGUUAGUGUUUAAGCUAACCUAGAAGUGAGUCUAAUCAUUGUGACCAUCACCCCUGUAGGAGGUGCUCUUUUAGAGCUGGAGACAUCCUUCAACAGAAUAAGCUGAGAAUGUCAAGUUCAUUGGGGUAAAGAAGUCAAUGCCUAUGCCAGGCUCAUAUGAUCUUCCCACUUAAUUUUGCUCUGUUCAGGGCAUAGACGAGGAGUAUUGGUAUGUACUUUUAAACAUUCCAACUUAUUUUCAGUAUUCUGUGCUGACACGUGCUAAUGGCAAGAGGAGUAAGGAGGCACGCUGAGGAUCUCAGUAUUGCUAUCUGAUCUUUAUGUAUGUAAUCAUGUUUGCUGUACAGUAUUAAUCAGCAGCCUGCUAAAUAAACUCCCUGCUUGUA